AUGUCUCCGAAGGAUAACGAGGACAAGAACCCCACAGAUACUCUACCAGAGCCGCAACAGACAGCCCGUGAUGUGACUAAAGACGCUUUCCCUUACAUCACGGGCGAUGAGGGUCCUCGGUCUUCAGGCAAUAGUCUACACGGCAUCGUGUUCCUUGGGGAGCUUUGCCACUGGGCCAACUUUCAGAAAGAGGUCCGAACGGUUUUCAACGAGAUUAAGUGGGACAAGGAACCUGUCCUUGAUAGACUCAAGCCAAAUGAUCUCUACCAUAGCGAGCAUUUUCGCUGUGGCGCAGAGAUCUCUACUAGCGGAAGAUAUAUCGCGCAUGUGCUCAACCCCAUGAGUGGCAUAGCAACAAAGCUUGGGUUCCAGCUCCGCUUUGGAGAUUGGCAUGCGGUGAAGGAUCACCUGAAAUGGAUGCUCCCCGAUUCCUCGGACGAUGAAUCCGCGGACGACGUAACUAGAGAUGAUGAGACCAUGGGCCAAGACGACAACACUGGAGACGCCGAAGGAGAGGAUCAAGAUCGCAAGAAGCCCAAAAGGUCCAUUCCCGACUAUGCCAUCAUUGAUGAAAGCCAUGAGGCCCGCGCGCUCGGGGAAGCCAAACAUCCUUGGCGUUCUUUUCCAGGUCGCUGGAUUCAGGGAGCCAUCCAGGGUGACGCACAGACGGAGACUCGAUUACGUCGGUUUGUUGGGCAGAUAGCCAGAGACAUGUGGGCGGCUGAUCUCAAAUAUGCCUUUAUGACCAAUUACAGGGAGACCGUCUUUCUUCGCAGGGAAAAGGUCCAGGGAAAAUGGACACUUUUCUACUCCGAUGCAAUCCGAUUUGAUGCCACGUCUGACAUGGACAACUUCACAGUUUCGGUGCGAGAGUGCAUGCUGUACCUGUUUAAGAUUACAUCUCAAGUUCCAAAGAAAGGUGGCUGGUCACUGGGUGGCAUGGAGAAAGAGCCACUUGAGGCCUGGGUGCGGAUCCCGAAAAGGUCCAAAAAGAAAAAGACAACCGACAACACAUCAGCCAGCAACAAGUCUACCGACAACAAACACACUGGCAACAAAUCAACCUAUGCAGACCAAAUGACGGUCGUCCGUCGUCCGAAGCCUCCUGCUGGAUCAGCAGCCGGUCCCAAAAAGACAUCGAAAUGA